AUGGAUUUGCCACCGGUUCUAACCAAACUGGUGGGAAAAGGGGAGGGGGUGGCUGUUGGGGCUGGGUUGGGGAGUGGUUGUUGGGCUGAAACGCAGUCAAGAGAUAGACAGGAGAAUAGGGUUUUGGGAGGGUUGAAGGUGAAGGAUGUUGUUAGUGGGGAGGUUAAGGAUGUGCAGGUUUCUGGGUUGUUUUUUGCUAUUGGGCAUGAACCUGCUACUAGGUUUUUGGGGAAUGAGGUGGAGUUGGAUGCGGAUGGGUAUGUGGUUACGACACCGGGUACGACAAAGACGAGUGUGAAGGGUGUCUUUGCAGCGGGUGAUGUUCAGGAUAAGAAGUAUAGGCAGGCUGUUACUACUGCUGGGACUGGUUAG